AUGGCCGAUUUGGACGCAGUGAAUCUCGGGCUGGAUGAAACAGAACGGGACAUCGCGGAGGCGUUGGAAAACUCGUACGAUACCCGUUCGGAGGCAUCGGAACAUCCGAGCAUUAGUUCUGUCAGUUCCGCCGAAUCCGAAUCGGACAGCGAUGCGAACGAUGCGAAAACGGAGCAGACCAGCAAUCCAGCUGCACCUGUCGUAACGCCGAAAGCAGUCGAACCGAGGACCGUCAGAAAGGGGAAGCUAAAGAAGGGUAACAAGAAAUCGCAACCCGAGACACCCGGUAAUGGCGCUAGUACCACGAAAACAGCUACUACCGUUGGAACGACCGUUGGCAAAAAAAGAGCAGCCGCAGAGGAAGAGGAUGCUGCUGAAGGAGAGGAGGAACUGGAUGAAAAUGAUGAAGAUACCGGCGAGGACGACGGGAAGGCCAACAAUGUUGACGAAGAGGUAGACAAUGAAGAAGACGAUCCGGAAGUUGGAUCGGACUCGGAUUCGGACGAAUCACACGACGAAAACAGGAUGUGCCGAAAUAAGCGUGUAAAGAAAACAAAGAAAACGACGGCCCCGUUGGCCGCAGUGAAGACAGCAGAGAGUAAAAAAAAAGGUGCCAAAGUCACCAACAACAACAAAGCCGUGCGCCAACAGGCCCCUCCCGCUAAGAAGAAGAAAACAUCCGCCGAGAAGGAUGUCGCCAAGCCGAUAACAACUGAAGUGAUACUAGAGAAAAACAAGAAAAAACAAGGAAAAGGUAUCACGAAGGAGCAACGGAACAAGGCAACGAUCGAAUCGGAUCGGAUGAAGGGAAAAGACGAUAAAGUACUGUCCGGUGCUGCUGGUAAAGCUGAUGCUGACCCCGCCGGAAACGGAUCGACCGAUGUUCCGACUAACGAUAGUGCCGUUGCCACCACCACCACUACCAACAACAACAACAACAAUACGACUGCGAGUAGCACCAGCAGCAGCGACGACAACAGUAGCAGUGCUGACAGUAGCAGCGAAGGUGAAGGUGACGAUAAAAAGGAAAACGAAGACGUUGAAGAAGAAGAAGAAGAAGAAGAGGAGGAAGAAGAAGAGGAAGACGAAGACAAGUCGCGCAGUCGCACGUCGGAAGCAAGCGGAACGAAGCGAAGCCGUGCAAAAGGCGCGGCGGCGAGCAAUAACACCGGCGCAACCGGCGCGGCGACGGGUAAAAACUCCGUCAAAUCUUACGACUACGUGACAAAGAUCAACUACCUGUUCCGUGAGACACGCUUCUUUUUGAUCAAGUCGAACAACCACGACAAUGUGGCCCUAUCCAAGGCACGGGGCGUGUGGUCGACGCUUCCGCCGAACGAAGCGAACCUGAACCAGGCGUUUCACGAAAGUCGCAACGUAAUUCUGCUGUUCUCCGUCAAGGAGAGUGGCAAGUUUGCCGGUUUCGCACGGAUGGCGGCCGAAGCCCGCCGUGAUUUACCGGCCGUCGACUGGGUGUUACCACCCGGCAUGUCCUCCAAAGCGCUGGGCGGGGUCAUCAAAAUCGAUUGGGUGUGCAAACGGGACCUACCGUUUACGAGCACGACGCACCUGUACAAUGCCUGGAACGACGACAAACCCGUAAAAAUCGGGCGCGAUGGACAGGAAAUUGAACCGAAGGUGGCCGAGGAGUUGUGUCGUUUGUUUCCGGAGGACACGGGCAUCGAGAUGACGCCGAUUCUAAAAAAAUCGAAAGAAGCAUCCAAACUGAUGAAGGAGAAAGCGGCCUCCAAAUCGUUCCGGCGACCGCCAAACUUUUCCCGUCCCACUUCCACGGGCUCGUUGCGGGCUCGCACUAUCGGUGGUGGUGUAGGUGGGGCAGGAGGGGGCGGCAUUGGCCCGAUGCGUCGCGGUGGAAGGCGCAUGUACCCUGGCAUAAAGGGUAGCAACGGAGGCAGUGGUGGCUAA